AUGCUGUUUUUGUGCUUAUCGUGGCUGUCAUGGCUGUCAUGGCUGUGCCAAACCGCGCUGGCGCAAUAUUCCAGCGACGAUCUCAUGUCAUUCGUUACACUCCCCGAUAUUCGGGCAGUGAAAUUCAAUGUCCAGUACCAGAACCGCGAGCGCGUCAGCCCCGGUUACUGGUUCGUCGCUCCUUAUCUACACAUCGGCCCCGACCCACCGUCGACCUUGUACGAGCAAUAUCAAAUCGGACCGCAUAUCUACGAUGGUGAAGGACGCCUUAUCUGGACUGGCUCGCAACAGUUCGAGAACCGAAACGUGUUCGAUUUCAAAGUCGUCAACAGCCUAGGCCCGGACCCACACCUCUCGAUGGUCUUGCAGAACUCGUGGGAUCCGGCAAUAGACACCGGGUACGGGGUGAUCUUGACCAACGAUUAUCAAGUUCAACGAAAGCUUCCUUUGCGAAAGGACCUUGGCUCUUUUGACAUCCACGAGUUCAAUAUUCUGGACGACGGUAAGACUGCGCUGGUCACGGUCUACCUUUCUCAUGAGGUUACCCUGGAGGACUUCGGUCGCCCGACAGAGACUACCUGGCUUGAGACCGGCGGGUAUGCUGAGAUUGAUCUGAACACCGCCGAGGUUAUCCAGUCGUGGGAUUCUUAUAAGCGCAUUCCUUUGCCCGAAACUGUGCAUUACAACCAGUUUUCCCCAGUGGAGGGACAUCCUGGCUGGGAUUAUGUGCAUAUCAACUCAGUCGACAAGAAUGAAAUCGGGGACUACCUGAUCUCGUCACGGUUUGCGAACACCAUCUACCUCAUCUCCUGCAUGGAUGGAAAUAUCAUGUGGCGAUUGGGUGGGAAAUACAGUGAUUUCGAGCAAGAUUUCACGUUUUCGAAGCAGCACGACGCGAAAUUCAUCGAGUCGAAUGGGACACACCAUAUCAUCUCGUUUUUGAACAAUGCCUCGGACGAGGAAUUCAAUGAGGAAAAUAUAUCAUCAUCCCUGUUCGUCGAGUUGGAUACCGGCGCGAGGCCCAUGACCGCCAGAGCCAUCCGGCGCUACAACCGCCCCGAUGGCCAGCUCUCGAGACUCCGCGGCAAUACUCAGCUGCUUCCGAACGACAAUGUGUUCACUUGCUGGAGCAAAGAGGGCUAUAUUUCUGAGUAUGCCGCCGAUGGCGAACUCUUGAUGACCGCUAACUUCACCUCCUCACGCUAUUCAUCAUACCGCGGAUACAAAUUUGAAUUCACCGGUCGUCCCACGGCCCCACCAGACAUGGUGGCGUCGGUCUACGGCACGGAUGCGACCAACAUGGUGACCACGUUCUGGGUCAGCUGGAAUGGCGCGACGGAUGUCGCAUGGUGGAGGUUCUACGCGCAAGCCUCCGAAUUCCACGACCCUGUCCUUAUCGGCAAUACCUCCCGAUCCGAUUUCGAAACCAUGUACAUUGCCCGCGGAUAUCUGGACUGGGUGUCUGUCGAGGCAGUAGAUGUCAACGGCACCGUCCUAGGCAGGUCGGAAAUGCACCGAAGCAAGUCCCCCGACUGGAAAUCUGUCGGAUACAAAGGGAAAUCAAGCCCACCUAUUCCGGCCGACCCAUCGAUCGUAUACCAGGCAAGCGAUAGCGCAGCAGAAGACAAGGCGGUUGGCGACUCUGGCCAGAUGUCAUCGGAUGCAAUCGAGACCCAAACAGAGAAGACCACCCAAGUCCUCAAUCACACAUACAAUGCUAUCCGCAGCAUUGGCGGUGUUUUCUCUUUCGUUCUGCUUCUUUGUCUGUUUUUCGCUGUCAUGGCAUCCUAUUUGGUCAUCCGUGGCUGGCGACUCCGGGUCUACCAGCGUGUUCGUACGGAAGAUGGGGGUUCAGAGGAGCGGGCGCAUCUGGCACCGUUGCAUCAGGAUUGA